CUAGCCGCGGAGCCGGCUCUGCGGCGUGUGCGCAGGCGCGAGGUCGGCGGCUCGCCCCAAGCGGGAGGGAGGGGGCGGUGGCGAGAGCGCGCGACGGGGGUGAGAGGGUACGAGAGAGACCCCGGCGCGCGGCACCCCCCGACCCCUGCCCCGCCUCUGCGCGCCCAGCGGCCGCCCCGCCCCCGGCGCGCGCCGAGCCGCGCCCUUCGCCCUCUCCCCUUUCUCGGCUGGCCUCGCCGGGAGGCCCGAGGGGCGGCGCCUUCUGCGGCCUCCCCGGCGGGGGGAUGUGAGGGGCGGCCCGCGGCCAUGGAGACGGGCCCGGCGCCCCUGGUGGCCCCGCCGCGCCGUCAUGGCGCCCCCGCGGCCCCCUCGCCGCCGCCCCGAGGUUCCCGGGCCGGGCCCGUAGUGGUGGUGGCUCCGGGACCUCCAGUGACUACGGCCACUUCGGCCCCCGUCACCCUGGUGGCCCCCGGGGAGGCGCGGCCCGCCUGGGUCCCGGGGUCGGCCCAGACCUCUGCUCCGGCUCCGGCCCCAGCCCCGGCUGUCACGGGCAGCACGGUGGUGGUGCUGACCCUGGAGGCCUCGCCCGAAGCCCCAAAGCCGCAGGUCCCCUCCGGCCCGGAACCCCCAGAGCCCGCGGCGGUGGCUGGAGUUGAGACGUCGAGGGCUCUGGCCGCAGGGGCAGACUCUCCGAAGACAGAGGAGGCUCGACCCUCACCCGCCCCAGGACCAGGGACCCCUACCAGGACCCCUUCCAGAACGGCUCCUGGGGCCCUGACCGCCAAACCCCCGCUUGCCCCCAAGCCGGGAACCACAGUGGCCUCAGGAGUGACUGCACAGAGUGCAUCAGGACAAGUGACAGGUGGGCAUGGAGCUGCCGCAGCAACGUCAGCAUCAGCAGGACAGGCUCCUGAGGACCCCUCAGGCCCUGGCACAGGCCCCUCUGGGACUUGUGAGGCUCCGGUAGCUGUCGUGACCGUGACCCCAGCUCCGGAACCUGCUGAAAACUCUCAAGACCUGGGCUCCACGUCCAGCCUGGGACCUGGCAUCUCUGGGCCUCGAGGGCAGGCCCCGGACACGCUGAGUUACUUGGACUCCGUGAGCCUCAUGUCUGGGACCUUGGAGUCCUUGGCAGAUGAUGUGAGCUCCAUGGGCUCAGACUCAGAGAUAAACGGGCUGGCCCUGCGCAAGACGGACAAGUAUGGCUUCCUUGGGGGCAGCCAGUACUCGGGCAGCCUAGAGAGCUCCAUUCCUGUGGACGUGGCUCGGCAGCGGGAGCUCAAAUGGCUGGACAUGUUCAGUAACUGGGAUAAGUGGCUGUCACGGCGAUUCCAGAAGGUGAAGCUGCGCUGCCGGAAGGGGAUCCCCUCCUCUCUCAGAGCCAAGGCCUGGCAGUACCUGUCUAAUAGCAAGGAACUUCUGGAGCAGAACCCAGGAAAGUUUGAGGAGCUGGAACGGGCUCCUGGGGACCCCAAGUGGCUGGAUGUGAUUGAGAAGGACCUGCACCGCCAGUUCCCUUUCCACGAGAUGUUUGCUGCUCGAGGGGGGCAUGGGCAACAGGACCUGUACCGAAUCCUGAAGGCCUACACCAUCUACCGGCCUGACGAGGGUUACUGCCAGGCCCAGGCCCCUGUGGCCGCGGUCCUGCUCAUGCACAUGCCUGCGGAGCAAGCCUUUUGGUGCCUGGUGCAGAUCUGCGACAAGUACCUCCCAGGUUACUACAGUGCAGGGCUGGAGGCCAUUCAGCUGGACGGGGAGAUCUUUUUUGCGCUCCUGCGCCGGGCCUCCCCCCUGGCACAUCGCCACCUGCGGCGGCAGCGCAUCGACCCUGUGCUCUACAUGACGGAGUGGUUCAUGUGCAUCUUCGCCCGCACCCUGCCCUGGGCGUCGGUGCUGCGUGUCUGGGACAUGUUUUUCUGUGAAGGCGUUAAAAUCAUCUUCCGGGUGGCCCUGGUCCUGCUGCGCCACACGCUGGGCUCAGUGGAGAAGCUGCGCUCCUGCCAAGGCAUGUAUGAGACCAUGGAGCAGCUGCGUAACCUGCCCCAGCAGUGCAUGCAGGAGGACUUCUUGGUGCAUGAGGUGACCAAUCUGCCGGUGACAGAAGCACUGAUUGAGCGGGAGAAUGCAGCCCAGCUCAAGAAGUGGCGGGAAACGCGGGGGGAGCUGCAGUAUCGGCCCUCACGGCGACUGCAUGGGUCCCGGGCCAUCCACGAGGAGCGCCGGCGGCAGCAGCCACCCCUGGGCCCCUCCUCCAGCCUCCUCAGCCUCCCUGGCCUCAAGAGCCGAGGCUCCCGGGCAGCUGGAGGGGCUCCGUCCCCGCCGCCCCCCGUCCGCAGAGCCAGUGCUGGGCCUGCCCCAGGGCCUGUGGUCACUGCUGAGGGACUGCAUCCAUCCCUUCCCUCACCCACUGGCAAUAGCACCCCCUUGGGUUCCAGCAAGGAGACCCGGAAGCAGGAGAAGGAGCGGCAGAAACAGGAGAAGGAGCGGCAGAAACAGGAGAAGGAGCGGGAGAAGGAGCGGCAGAAGCAGGAGAAAGAGCGAGAGAAGCAGGAAAAGGAGCGAGAGAAGCAGGAGAAGGAGCGGCAGAAGCAGGAGAAGAAGGCUCAAGGCCGGAAGCUUUCACUGCGUCGAAAGGCAGAUGGGCCCCCAGGCCCCCAAGAUGGUGGGGACAGGCCCUCAGCAGCCGAGGCCCGGCAGGACGCUUACUUCUGACCUCUGCCCUGGGGCUGGACUGCAUGGCCCCCCUCUUUCCCUCAGCCAAGAACAGGCCUGGCCCGAGGUGCCACCCCCUAGCCCCUUGUCAGGCUGUCCCUCGCUGGGGAAAGUGGCUUGGUUCCCCAUCUCCUCGCCAGCUGCUGAUCCCUACACGGGCAGGACAGAUGGGCAGCUGCAAAUGAGUCUGGAGCCUCUCACCUCCCAUGAGCCUCAGCUGGGGUCUCUGCCGCUCCUGCCCCAGUUCCCUCUGGGUCCCCUCCUAGGUGCUGUCCUGAAUGGCCCGUUGUCAUCCCAGGGGUGACUCCUGGUGAUGGGAGUCAGCAGUUUCAGAUUCUUACACUCCAUGGCUCCCCUUACCAUGAGGUGGAGCUGGCUUCCUUUUCCCUGUCUUCAGCCCUCCCUGUCUCGCCCCCUUCCUGGCCAGGGCUCUCCUUCUGGACCUUUCUGUGUUGUAAUUAUGUACAGAGGAUGGGGUUGGCCUGGGGUGGGGGUGCUCGCUUUGUCUUCUGUCCUUUGGUUUUCCUUCUAUAAUGCUCCUGUACCCAGUUUAUUUAAGGGGACAUGCACUGGAAUAGGAAAUGUCCCCCAUCUCUCUUCCUGCACCCUGCUGUGCUCCCUCCAAACCCACCUUGCUCUGUGUUCUCAGGCCCCCCUGCUUUGUCUCACCAGGACCCAUACCUUUCACCUUGUUCCCUUCCACCCUCCAGUUAGUCCCUAUCUGGGUAAGGGUCUUCCCUUGAGCUCCAGGGGGUGGAACCCAAUGUUUACAUUCUCUUCUGUCUCUGCCCCCACCCCACGCAGCGCUUUGAGGAAUCGGAAAAGAACCUGCUGUUGUACCUGG